AUGGAAGACGCCGUAUUACCUGAAAGCCACAUCCUCGAAGUUUUAUCCAGACUACCGCUGAAAACAAUAAUUCGCUGCAAGUGCGUGUGCAAAAAGUGGCGUGAUCUUGUUUCCCACACCUACUUUGUUGAUCUUCAUCUCUCCAGAUCGCGUCGGUGCUUAACGUUUCAUUCUGACCCGAUAUUAGAGUUGGUAGAAGUGGAACACGAAGUUGGUUGCAACCGGUUAACCAUCAAUCGUGUGAAAAGCGUUGAUCUUCAUCUUAGUGCAGUUGGUGCUUUUAAUCGGAUAUUUCAAGUGGGUUCGGUCAAUGGUUUGAUCUGCUUGCAUCAGGAAGGUUAUGCCACUUACAUAUUCAAUCCUGUGGUCGAAGAAUAUAUGAUCCUCCCUGAACCACGUUUUUUGGAUUAUGUUUGGUGUUUAAGUUAUGGCUUCGGAGUUUCACUGGCAGGGGAGUACAAAGUGAUAAGGGUCUGUGGUUGGACAGAACCUGAAUAUCUGGAGGCUGAAGUCGAUGCUGUUGAAAUCGACGUUUACACGCUUGGCACCAACCAAUGGAGAAGGUUGGGACAAACCCCUUUCAACAUUGACUAUUCGGGGGAACUCGGUUCUUCUGGCGUGUUUGUGAAGAGUCAUGUGUAUUGGAUUGCUGAUGGCCAAAUUUACGAUUUCAAUUUGGAUACAAAGAAAUUUGAGUAA